AUGUCCAAACAAGGGGAGGAAAAUGAUUUCAUGAAGCUUACACUUUCACCACCUGAAAAAUUAACCGGAUUUGAAUGGUGGAGACGUUCAGCACAAUAUGCCACUAAAUUAGGUCUUAGUGAUACAGAAGCCAAACAAUAUGAAUAUGAUUAUCGAUUCCGUAAUCCAGAAGAAAAAUGUAAGACAUGUAAUGAAAAUCUUGCCUGGAUGUUGACAUAUUCUCCAUCAGUUACAUUUAUGUUAGAAAAUAUAAAUAAAUUUGCUAAAGAUGGUCAAGGAUUAAGUAAAGAAAAUAUAAUAUGUGAUAUGUGUACGGAUACAAAGGGUGGUGGGUUCCAUCCACAAUCAGGGGUUUUGUUGUGUGCCAAUUGGAUUACAAGUAAAUGGCAAUUAGAAGAUGUUUUAACUCAUGAAUUGGUUCAUGUGUAUGAUUAUUUAAGAUUUAAUCUUAAGUUUGAAGAUUUGAGACAUCAUGCAUGUACUGAAAUAAGAGCUAGUAUGUUAAGUGGUGAAUGUAGGAUUUUUCAAGAAAUUAAGAAAACUGGUUUAGGUAAUUUUGGUAAGAAAUUUCAAGGUUGUGUUAGAAGAAGAGCUGCUAUAUCAGUAGCAGCUAAUCCAAAUUGUAAAAGUCCUGAAGAAGCUGAAAAAGUGGUUGAUUUGGUAUGGAAUUCAUGUUUUAAUGAUACUAGACCAUUUGAAAGAGUAUAUAGAUAG